GGGGUCGGCGGUGGUGGUGGAGUGGGGGGUUCAGCGUCACGGCAAUGAUGGGGCAGCUUUUUAGUCUUGAUUCCCAUUCACAAGUUUUUUCUGUUACGAAAUCAUCACGAACCAUAACAGACAGUGGAAGUCUGGGUUUGUUUUCACUUCAUUUUGUGCAGGUGCGCUUUGGCUUCGGGUGCAUUACAAAACUUGGCUCACGUGCUUUCGCGAGCCUGCCGUGACCAGACCCGUCGCUCCUUCCAGUUGCGCCUUCCACCUGUGUGUCUGAACGCGACGCGCAAUGGGCUCGUUCGAUGCAGGAGCGAUGCCCUAGAAAUACGAGACCCCGCCUCGCCUGUCGUGUCUUCCCUCCAGUCCCCCGCCGUUGCCAAGUUGUCCCUCAAUUACCAUCCCGUUCUCGACAGCCGAAGCAUCCAAGCACGACCUAUCUGCCAAUUCCUCGUGAGAGCAACCCCCAGCAAGGCUUCAACCAAGAUGGCAAUCCUCACCGGCUAUCCGGGGCUCGAGGUUACCGUUGAGGUUGAUGGCCAGCGUGCGCAAGAGUACGAUGCCCCCGCAGAUGAGGUUGAAGCGCGCGCCAAAGAGACCAACUUCUACUCAAUUCCACAGGUGCCCAUUCAAGGAUCAGGAUCUCCCUAUACUAUCAAGUACAUUGAAUCCAAGCCCGGAAAGCCUUUUGCCUUCGAAAUUGAUUCAACCAACUUCUUUAUUCCAAGCCCCGAUGCCAAGAAACACAUGGUCGAAUACCAAUGUUUCCUUGACGGUACUCCUACUGGCUACUACAGGCUUGUCGGCGGCACCAAGAAAAGGAUGCGCUCUUACAAGUCUGGUAACAAUAAUUCGGGCUGGAAACGCCACGAGUUUCAGUUUUCCACCCUCGAGAUCGUGGAAGGAGGAGACGAGAAACAAGUAGAUCGGACAAAGGAAUAUGGCACACUCCUCGUCAAGUUGUGGCAUGUCAUUGUCUUGCAGCGCAGGGAACCUAAGCGCGCUUUGCAAGGCCCUGUUCCUGUCCAGUCUGUCUCCGAGAAAGCAUUGAAGGGAAGAUCGGUGGACAACAAGGUCCAUUUCACCUCUGAACCCAUUUCUGGCUCAUGGACAGAGGGCAAAUUCGGCUUUGUCGAUCCAGAGCGACGACCUUUUGCGAUCUUCGAGUUCAGAUACCGAACCAUGGAGGGCCUUAUGUGCGAGGGCAUCGUUCCACGCCCUGUCAAAAAUGAGGACGAUCAAGUCACGGAUAUCGAAAACGAGCACCAGCCCUUUACCCGUAUCAAACCGGAGCCCGAGAAUACCCGCGGUAUCAAAAGAGAACUCAUGGACCCGACCCCUUUUCCGGUCUGCUACAAGCUACGCCGCUUGGAAAACGGAAAGGUCGAGAUUGACCUGACGGACGAUUGAUACCUACCUCUAUCUAUGGCAUUCAGAUGUUGUCCAGCAGUACUUGAAGAGUGAUUCUCCUCAUACCCACCCCUAAAUUUACACGCACCCUUCUUUUGAAUCACCCCUAUACAAAACCCUUACCCUGAUAGCCUAGACCCGCAUAUGAUAGCUGUAUUUAAAAGACCUAUUUUACCCGCUAAAUUUCAUACUUUCAAUAUACAAUAUAUA